AUUCCAAAGAAACCAGCAUAACCACAACACACACAAACAAAAUUGGAGCAACAAAGGAAAAAAAAAGAGGUCAACAAUGUCCAGAGAAAUAGAACCACUAAUAGUGGGAAGAGUGAUAGGAGAUGUCAUAGAAAUGUUCAAUCCAAGUGUGACUAUGAGAGUCACUUACAGUUCCAAUACAAUCGUCUCCAAUGGCCAUGAGCUCGCUCCUUCUCUUCUGCUCUCUAAGCCUCGUGUCGAAGUUGGCGGCCAUGAUCUCCGUUCAUUCUUCACCUUAAUCAUGAUGGACCCUGAUGCCCCCAGUCCUAGUAAUCCUUACAUGCGUGAAUAUCUGCAUUGGAUGGUGACAGACAUUCCCGGGACAACCGAUGCUUCUUUUGGGAGAGAGAUGGUGAGAUAUGAAACGCCUAAACCGGUGAUUGGGAUACACAGAUACGCGUUUGUGCUGUUCAGACAGAGAGGGAGGCAAACGGUGAAGGCGGCACCUGCAAGAAGGGAAUGUUUCAACACAAGAGACUUCUCUGCUUUCUUUGGUCUUUCUCUACCUGUUGCCGCUGUUUACUUCAACGCCCAACGUGAAACUGCUCCUCGAAGACGUCCUUCUUACUAAUCAACUAUAAUAAAACACUCUACUCUAAAUGUAGAAAUAAAGUUCUCACUAUACCCUUAAUGUGUCAAAAUAAAGUUCCCUAAGUAAGCACAGGGUAUGUGUUGUUUUUGUAUGUUCAACUCAAAAGAAAUAAAAGAAUGUCAUUUGAUUUUA